CCAGCGGGCUCGGGCCGGCGCGGCCGGCGGCCGGGGCGAUGUGAGCCGGGGCCCGCGGGCGCGGCCAGACCGCCGCGAUGUGGCUCAAGCCCGAGGAGGUGCUGCUGAAGAACGCCCUGAAGCUCUGGGUGACUCAGAAGAGCAGCUGCUACUUCAUCCUGCAGCGGCGCCGCGGGCACGGCGAGGGGGGCGGCCGCCUCACGGGUCGCCUGGUAGGUGCUCUGGAUGCAGUGCUGGAUUCCAAUGCACGGGUCGCACCAUUUCGAAUUCUGCUUCAAGUUCCCGGGUCCCAGGUUUAUUCUCCCAUAGCAUGUGGUGAGUUACUGAGUGGAUCAGACGUGUACUGGGCCAUAGCCACUGGUGCAACGUUAGAGGAAAUUAACCAGCACUGGGACUGGCUGGAACAAAAUCUCCUCCAUACCUUGUCUGUCUUUGACAAUAAAGAUGAUAUUGCCAGUUUUGUCAAAGGGAAGGUAAAGGCUCUGAUUGCGGAGGAGACGAGCAGCAGGCUUGCCGAGCAGGAAGAGGAGCCCGAGAAGUUCCGAGAGGCCCUGGUGAAGUUCGAGGCCAGGUUCAACUUCCCGGAGGCGGAGAAGCUGGUUACCUAUUACUCCUGCUGCUGCUGGAAGGGCAGGGUCCCCCGCCAAGGCUGGCUGUACCUCAGCAUCAACCACCUGUGCUUCUACUCCUUCUUCCUGGGCAAGGAGCUUAAGCUUGUAGUCCCUUGGGUUGAUAUCCAGAAGUUAGAAAGAACAUCCAACGUCUUUCUGACGGAUACCAUCCGAAUCACCACGCAGAAUAAGGAGCGGGACUUCUCCAUGUUCCUGAACCUCGAUGAGGUGUUUAAGAUCAUGGAGCAGCUGGCUGACGUGACGCUCCGAAGGCUGCUGGAUAAUGAGGGCUUUGACCUGGACCCAGAUCUGCAGGAGCCGAGCCAGAUCACCAAGAGGGACCUUGAAGCCAGAGCACAGAAGGAGUUCUUCCGGGCUUUCUUCAGGUUGCCACGGCGGGAGAAGCUGCACGCGGUCCUGGACUGUUCCCUCUGGACGCCCUUCAGUCGCUGUCACACCGCCGGGCGGAUGUUCACUUCGGACAGUUACAUCUGCUUUGCCAGCAAGGAAGAUGGCUGCUGCACUGUUAUCCUCCCACUCAGAGAGGUAGUGAGCAUUGAGAAAAUGGAGGACACAAGUCUGCUGCCUAACCCCAUCAUCGUCAGCAUCAGGAGCAAGGUGGCCUUCCAGUUCAUCGAGCUCAAGGACAGAGAGACCUUGGUGGAGAGUCUGCUCGUGAGGCUGAAGCAGGUGCAUGCCGACCACCCAGCGCAUUACGACACCUCAGGAGAUGAGGACGUGACUUCACCUGUGUUUUAUUCAACAAGCAUGUGCAGUGACCACAAGUUUAGGGAUCUUGAAAUGGUGUCUUCUCAAAAUAGCGAGGAAAGUGAAACACAGAAGAGCCCGCAGCUGCGCCCCGAGGCCCUGAUAGCUGUCUUCCAGCAGUCGGGCGGCCAGAGCCCCGACUCGCGCAUGUCCAGGGAGCAGAUAAAAAUAAGCCUGUGGAAUGACCACUUGGUGGAAUACGGCAGGACCGUGUGUAUGUUUCGCACAGAGAAGAUCCGGAAGCUUGUGGCCAUGGGGAUCCCGGAAUCUUUACGUGGCAAACUCUGGCUCCUUUUCUCGGAUGCCGUAACCGACCUCGCCUCGCAUCCUGGUUACUAUGCGAAUCUGGUGGAGGAGUCCAUGGGAAAGUGUUGCCUGGUGACAGAGGAGAUAGAACGGGACCUGCACCGUUCCUUACCGGAGCACCCUGCCUUCCAGAACGAAACGGGAAUCGCUGCUUUGAGGAGAGUCCUGACGGCCUAUGCCCACCGGAACCCUAAAAUUGGGUACUGCCAGUCCAUGAACAUCCUGACCUCCGUUUUGCUGCUGUACGCCAAGGAAGAGGAAGCCUUCUGGUUGCUGGUUGCUGUGUGUGAGCGGAUGCUGCCCGACUACUUCAACCACAGAGUCAUUGGGGCCCAAGUGGACCAGUCUGUCUUCGAGGAGCUCAUCAAGGAGCACCUCCCCGAGCUGGCGGAGCACAUGAGUGACCUCUCGGCCCUGGCGUCCAUCUCGCUCUCCUGGUUCCUGACUCUGUUCCUCAGCAUUAUGCCUCUGGAGAGCGCGGUGAACGUUGUCGAUUGCUUCUUCUACGAUGGGAUCAAAGCCAUCUUCCAGCUGGGGCUGGCUGUGCUGGAAGCUAACGCCGAGGACCUGUGCAGCAGCAAGGACGAUGGCCAGGCCUUGAUGGUCCUCAGCAGGUUUCUAGAUCACAUUAAGAAUGAGGACAGCCCAGGACCCCGCGUUGGCAGCCACCAUGCCUUUUUCUCUGACGACCAGGAGCCUUAUCCUGUGACUGACAUUGCUGACCUGCUCCGGGACUCCUACGAGAAAUUUGGAGACCAGUCAGUGGAGCAGAUUGAGCACAUGCGCUGUAAGCACAGGAUCAGGGUUCUCCAAGGCCACGAAGAGACCACGAAGCAGAACGUGCUCCGUGUUGUUAUCCCAGAAGUCUCAAUUCUUCCUGAAGACCUAGAGGAACUCUAUGACUUAUUCAAGAGAGAACAUAUGAUGAGCUGUUACUGGGAGCAGCCCAGACCCGUGACCCCGCGCCAUGACCCCAGCAGGCCCUACGCAGAGCAGUACCGCAUAGACGCCCGGCAGUUUGCACACCUGUUUCAGCUUGUCUCGCCGUGGACCUGUGGGGCCCACACGGAGAUCCUUGCUGAAAGGACUUUCAGGCUCCUGGAUGACAACAUGGACCAUCUUAUUGAAUUCAAAGCCUUUGUGAGCUGUCUUGAUAUUAUGUAUAAUGGAGAAAUGAAUGAGAAAAUUAAACUGUUAUAUAGGCUUCAUAUCCCUCCAGCACUCACUGAAAAUGACCGAGACAGCCAGUCACCAUUAAAGAAUCCUCUGUUGUCGACAUCAAGACCCCUGGUUUUUGGGAAGUCCAAUGGUGAUGCAUUUGAUUAUCAGAAACAGCUGAAGCAGAUGAUUAAGGAUUUAGCCAAAGAAAAAGAUAAAACUGAGAAAGAGUUGCCCAAAAUGAGCCAGAGAGAAUUUAUCCAGUUCUGUAAAACUUUGUACAGUAUGUUCCAUGAAGAUCCAGAAGAAAACGAUUUGUAUCAAGCCAUCGCCACAGUAACCACUCUGCUGCUGCAGAUCGGGGAGGUGGGGCAGAGCAGCAGCAGCUCAGGAAGCUGCUCCCAGGAGGGUGGGGAGGAGCUGCAGGCCUCAGCUCCCUCUCCUGAACAGGACUCCGUUUUUGCUGACACCAACACUGGGAAGAUGCCCCAGGACUCCCAAGCGUUUCCUCAAGAGGCAAAAGGGGACUGGACUGUCUCCCUUGAACAUAUUUUAGCAUCACUUCUGACUGAACAGUCAUUAGUAAACUUUUUUGAAAAGCCACUGGACAUUAAAUCCAAACUUGAAAAUGCAAAGAUCAAUCAGUAUAGUCUCAAAACUUCUGAAAUGAACCACCAAUCACAGCCUGAACUCAAGCUGAAUAGCCUGUAGCAAGAUAGCAGUUUGCUGUGGAGAUGAGUCGGCCGUAGCAAAGCAUGGAGCAGUUUUGUGAGCUGUCAGCCCAUAAAGCCAGACUUGUCUCACUGAGUGUACCUCACGAGCUGGGUAUCUGGGUAAGCGACCUGACGACAGCCACAACUGUGGCCAGGGGAACAGAUGCAACCCUCAAGCAUUCCUAUUUAUUCAAGAGAAUUAUCAGCUGGACGUUUACGUCAGUGCUACAGGGUAUCCAUACAUCAGUUCCUUUGAUGCUGUGACUUGCAAUUUCACUUCUAUGAUUUGCUGAAAUGGCCACUUCUGCUGUGAUGCUAGUAUGAUUUUGUUCUCAGAACAGACGAGUCAAAUGUGUCAUACCGACUCAGAGACAAGAAAAGCCCGAGCUCUCAUUUUUCACUUGGAUAAUGGGAGAGGGUCAAGAAUCAAGUUCAGUUUCAAGAUCUAAGAGCCACUGUCUGUGCAAUUGUAUUUAGCUUUUUUUGCACUAAUUUUGUUUCAAUGCUGGUAAUUGAAACCAUUUUAAUAUAUUUGGUUGUAUUCACUUUGUGACCUUCCAAAAAUGUUGUGUACAAACCAUGCUUUCAAUGUUGGCCUCCAAGUUUUUUAAUAAGAAAUUUUUGUAUUGACUUGGUCCUUGUUCAUACCUGAUACUUAUUUCAGUGUCUGAAGUCUGGACUGUGCCAGUGAAUGGAUAAGCUGGAGAUGUCUCCACCCCUCACCCCAAUAUGUGUUCAGUCAAUAGUGCAAUACACUGUAGGUGGUCCUGAACCUCACUGUGGCUGUGCACUAUCAUCACCAGUAGGGACCUCUUUAUGGCAGCAUUUAACAUAUGCCAGUAGCUUAAACACUGAUGAAAUAUAGUCCCCACACCACCUUGCUUUCAGACUGAAUUUAACAUACUUUUGUCGUAACCUUAAACUUUGCCUCUGAACUUUAGCUCCAUGUAGGUCUGGACCAAAACCACCUCCUGGAGCCAUUGCAAAUAAACGAACUAAAUUACGAACUGUCCAUUUAAGUUAAGCAUAAUCUGGUUACCCUAUCAAAAAUCAAUUAUUUUAGGAGACUAUUUUUUUUUUUUA